AUGGCAACAGCCAGCCAUAUUCAACUCUCCUCGACUGAACAUCCCGAAUACUUCCGCGUAGGAAAAUCGCAGGGGUCUGUCGAUACCGCAUCGGGGCUACUGCAGAAGAACCAUGACGAUUUUCACAUCUUCUUCAACCAGAAAGGCUUCCACAAUCACACUGCACAUCAUAUAAUCACCCUGUGGGCUCUUGGAGCUAGCCCUGAUCAGCUCGAACAAGCAUACAACAACCAUGCCAGCUAUCAGAGGGCGAUGGGCGAGCCUGAUGCAGCGGUCGUCAAGGACAUGAAGGAUCCGUUGACAUUUCGUGAGCACAUCAAUCAGGAGCAGCACUACACUGACUACCUUGCCUUGUUUCAAUCGGAGAUAGAGGCUACUAGCUGGCCGGCUGUGGUCAAGAAAUAUCUCCUAGCCCGUGACGACAGGGCUGACGAUCUCUUAUGUCGAUUUUUUGCCGGCUUCCUCCAUCCUAUCAUCCACGCAGGUUUUGGUAUUGAGACGAAGCAACCUGCAAUUGUCGCCGAGGGUUUAGCUAUGGCUGCAGUGUCGUCGGGAUACAUGAGUAGCUAUUUCCUGCCCAUCGAGAAUUUGAGUCAGAAGAACAAAGACGAGCCCUCAAGAAGCAUAGUGGACUUGCUGGACAUCAUCCACGAAGACAUAGAGCUUCGCGCAGCACCACACUGGGACGACGACAACAAGCUUCGUGAUGGCAUAAUUGCUCGCGCAGGCGAUAAGAUGAUCUCUGUUGCUUCACAAUUUCGGGUCAAGUCAGGAGAGCUAGAACGCAAAACGGCCGAGAUGACCAAUGCUGCAGUCUACUAUACCGCGGGGGCCCAGCGCGAGACUCACGAACGCAAAUACGACUUCUACUACAUGCACUGUGUGAACUGCACCAUAUUCUACUCCGCGUUUCUGAAAGCAGACUGGCUGAGUGAGGCCAACAAAAUCCGGUUGCUCGAGUAUAAAGUAUGGAAUGAUCUCGCCAUGUACGCCUCUAGAAAGUCGCCAGACAUCAGAAUGGAUCUGGUCAGACAAUACAAGCCCAAGGUUCCAUCUGGUUGGGACGGUAUCAUCGACCGUGUCAAUGCAAUGGUCGACGACGAUGGUCAUGCAUCGAAGCUGAUCAGAGCGCUCGCACAUGGCCAGGAGAUAUGUAGGCCAUACGAAGACCGUCCAGAGUUCCGUGUGAAACAAAGUGACUGGAUCCAAAUGGGACAUAUGGCUAUAGACUCGACAGAAAACAAAAAUCCGACGUGGAUUCGAAGCGCAGGGUUUGAUGAGGCAUGGGAGAAGAUACCGCUCUUAAAGGCACAAUUGUAA